UUAAUUUGUCCUAUUAUCAAUCUCUCUCCUAUAUUAAUCUCUAACGAGAUACAUUAAACUCCAUUAAUUCCUUCAAAUAUGUCGAUGAGAAUCACCCCAAUAUUAGAUGAAAUAAUCGUCACACCUAAUACUCAUGAGUCCGAAAAUCAAAAUACUAUACCAGAUAUUGAUAGUACUAUCGAUGAUUCCUCUCUCAGUUCAUCAAAAAAUCAUAGUCUACAAUUCUUAGUAUUUUCAAUGCUAACGAGGAUUCAUGCAGGCUAUUUUAGAAUAAGCCUAUCUUUGUGUUGGGAAGCUUUGUUAUGGAAAACACUUCUCGAUCCAAAUAAUAACGAAACAAAAUUCUUACAUCGCGUCCCUCAAAUAAUCUAUCGUCCUAUUUUAAUUUUCUUAUGGUCGUUUGCUUUAUUGAUUUUAGUUCUACUUUCUUUACUCUACCUCUUGAAAUGCGUCUUUCGAUUUAAUUUAGUCAAAAGGGAGUUUCUACACCAUGUUGGUGUAAAUUACCUUUUUGCCCCUUGGAUUUCUUGGCUUAUUUUACUCGAAUCCUACCCUUUCAUUAUAGCUCCAAAACACGUUGUUUACAAAGCUCUUUGGUGGGUUUUUGCUGUUCCGGUUUUAAUUUUAGAUGUGAAAAUUUAUGGACAAUGGUUCACUAAAGGGAAAAGGUUCUUAACAGCCGUGGCUAACCCUACGAGCCAUUUAUCGGUCAUUGGGAACUUAGUCGGGGCUCGAGCCGCGGCUAAAAUGGGCUGGCAAGAGGUUUCCGUUUGCUUGUUUUCACUUGGCAUGGUUCAUUAUUUGGUCCUUUUUGUUACGUUGUAUCAGCGGCUAUCGGGAAGUGACCGGCUACCGGCUAUGCUACGGCCCGUUUUCUUCUUGUUCUCGGCUGCUCCGAGUAUGGCUAGCUUGGCUUGGGCAUCAAUAACCGGAACCUUUGAUACGGCUUCAAAAAUGUUCUUCUAUCUCUCGUUGUUUCUCUUUACGUCACUGAUAUGCAGGCCAAGUCUUUUCAAGAAAUCAAUGAGAAAAUUCAAUGUGGCAUGGUGGGCAUAUUCAUAUCCAGUAACACUAUUAGCAUUGGCAUCUACAAGAUAUGCAAAAGAGGUUAAAGGAAAAGUUCCACACACCAUAAUGCUAACUCUAUCAUCUCUCUCAGUUUUGGUCAUCAUUGCUUUAUUGCUCUCCACUGCUCUUUACUCGAAAAUCCUCUUACGUAACGAUGAUCCUUCUCUCAAGCAUUCGUGUUUAUCAGAGACGCAUUCAGAAUAUUAAAUAAUUGCUUUUUUCUCUUUUGCUAUCGACUAUGAUUGAGUUUAGUAGUCUCCAGCUAGCGCAUGAGUCUGCCCUAUGUAUUAAUUAAUUAUUGUAAUUGUAAUUAAUUAAGAGCUUAGGGCUGGUAGCAACAAGUCAUUAUCGUUCCUAAAGUAUUAAUUAAUAUAUGUUUUUGUAUGGAAAUAUCGUCUACUUGCCAUAACUAGUCUAUACUCUUUGGG